AUGAGUUAUAUACAUCACGAGGGUGUGAGAUUGGAGCUAAGGCAACUUGAUAGACAAGGUUUACUAGCGGAAGUAACGAGGACUUUCAGAGAAAACGGUCUGAAUGUUAGGUUGGAGAUAUCGACGAGUAAUGACAUGGCUACAAACAUAUUCUAUGUGACAGAUGCGGAUGGGAAUGAGGCUAAACCGAGAUUGAUUGAAUCGGUUAGUGGGAAAAUCAGGGUUGAGUCGUUGAGGGUGAAGAAUUUUUUGUCAUGUGUAGAUCAUAAGAAGAGAGAUGAAGAAGGAGAGCAGAGAAAGGCAGUGCUCGUUUUACUUGGAAGUUUAGUUUAA